GCGCCCCACUCGCUUCUCUCCCGCGGCAGCGCUCGCUUCGUCGGGAGCCCGCUGGCCUGGCAGGGCUCGGUCGCCGCCUCCAGGAAUCCAGGGAACCGGGUCGGGGUCUGGGGCGUUACGCCGGGACGGCGCCUGCGAUGGCCGUGCCGGGAGGCUGAAAGCCACCGACCGACAGGUUGUGAAGUUGGAACGAACAUAAUACGAAAAGGAUUGGCAAGUGAGAAGUGCUGAAUUCCUGGGGCGGAUCCUACCUGGAGCAAAGUCCUAGCAAGAUGGAGAAGGAAGAAGAUAGUACCCGGGAGAUCUUACUCCCUGAUUGGCAAGACAGCUCUCAUGGUAUUACCAUCAAAGAGACGGAUGAAGGUGUCUUCGUGAAGCAGAUCCAACAGGACUCGCCAGUCGCCAAGACAGGAAUUGUACAGGAAGGAGACCAGAUUGUGAGCGCCACCAUCUAUUUUGACAACGUGCCCUCAAGGGAGGUCACGGAGCUCCUUAAAAAUGUGGGUCAUCACCCAGUGGGCCUGCGGCUACAGAGGAAAGGAGACCGUUCUCCGUUGCCAGGGCAGGCUGGCUCCUACGACGUGUUUGCUCCAAGGAGCCCAGAAGUUGUUUUGAGUGGAGACGAUGAAGAAUACCAGCGGAUUUACACCACAAAAAUUAAACCUCGCCUUAAGUCAGAAGACGGCGUGGAAGUUGAGCAUGCAGGAACUCAAAGCAGGACCAUCACAGUCACCAAAAGAGUCACGGCUUACACUGUCGAUGUUACCGGCCCUGAAGGUGCCAAAGAGAUUGACAUCAGCAGUCCUGAGUUUAAGAUCAAAAUUCCUAAACAUGAACUUAGCCAGAUUUCUAAAGUUGGAAUUGAAUCAGAGCCGGGGAAAACUGUCAUCAAGAUCCCACACGUGGAUUUGCCCGGGAGGCCCAGCUAUGGAAAAGUCUCCCACGAAGGAGGGAAAUUUUAUGAUGUGACAUCUUCUGGACCAGCUAUUGACUUGCCUUCCAGAACAUGGGAGGCAGGUGUUCCCGAUACCCUUGUGGGGCAGCCAAAGGUGGGGAAAACUGAUAUCCAAGUCUCCGAGGUCAAGGGCAUAGAUCUGAGAGGUCAGACAGACUUCACCAGCCCUGAAAUCAAUGGGAAAACAGGAGAACAGUUGCAGUUCGAUCUCAAAGGUCCUAAAAUGAAAGGAGAAUGGGGAGGGUUGCAGGACAUAGGGGUCAAAGUCCCUCCCUCAGGCACUGAAGGCAAAAUGACAAGUCCAGGUCUCGGUGAUGAAAGCAAAGGACAACUUGCAUUCCCUGCAAUGAGGAUGCCCAAAUUUGGAAUAUCAUCUCCAGGUGGUGACAUUGAAGUUCCUCAAAUGACUGCAACAGCUCCAUCAGUGACCAUCAAAACCCCAGGAGGGUUUCCAGAGGGCCCCAAAGGCGUAACAAGCAGAGGAAUACCAGAACCAAAAUUGGAUAUGGGUGUAAAAGGACUGGAUUUGAAAGGUGGGGUGAAAUCUAAGGUAGAUUUUGAGGCUCCAGACAUUGGCCUUCAAGAGAGUGAAGCAAAGUUUAAAAUACCCCACAUGGAUAUUCCUAAAUUUUCUGUUUCGGGCCCUGCAGCAGAUAUCAGUGUUCCAAAAGGAGGGACUGAGAUUAGUGGACAGACACCCCAAAUCUCUAUGUCAGAUAUUGACUUGAACCUUAAAAGUUCCAAAGGAAAAGGAGCUAUACAUUUUUCAGGGCCAAAGUUUGAACGGGACUUGAAAGGGCCUAGUAUGAGUAUUGAGGGCCCCAGUGUUGACCUUGGUGGACCAUUAAAAGGUCCAGGUAUCUCCAUGCCCUCAGUGAAAACAACCCCAAUCAAAGGGGCUGGGCCAGACGUUGACUUGAGUCUAAAAGGGACAUCAUUAAAGGGUGAUGUGGAUGUUUCCAUGCCCAAAUUGGAAGGUGACCUGAAGGGCCCACAGAUUGACAUCAAGGGCCCCAAAGUGGACAUUGCUGCUCGUGGCGUUGGCAUCAAGAGUUCUUCUGAUCAACUGAAAGGGCCUCAUAUCAGAACUCCACAAAUCUCCAUUCCAGACAUUGACCUAAAUUUGAAAGGCCCCAAAGUCAAGGGGGACAUGGGUGUUUCCAUGCCAAGAGUGGAAGGAGAACUGAAGGGCCCAGCUGUGGACAUCAAGGCUCCUAAAGUGGACAUUGUAGCACCAGAUGUUGACCUUCAUGGACCUGAACUCAAAAUGCCCAAAUUGAAAAUGCCUAAAUUUGGUGUGCCCAGCUUGAAACCUGAUAUUCCUGAUGUCGACAUCAAUCUUCCCCAGGGCAGCCUUGACUUCUCUGCUCCUAAAGUAGACAUUGCAGCCCCAAGAUUGGACAUUGAAGCACCAGAAGGCAAAAUUAAGGACCCUAAAGUCAAGAUGCCAGGAUUACAUGUGGAGGCACCAAAGAUUCCAGAUGUUGACCUGAGCCUGAAAGGGCCAUCAUUAAAAGGUGACAUGGAUGUUUCUGUGCCCAAACUAGAAGGCAGCCUGAAGGGCCCACAGAUAGACCUCAAAGGCCCCAAAGUAGACAUUGUUGCUCCUGACAUUGGCGUCAAAGGUCCUUCAGGUCAACUGAAAGGGCCUCAUAUCAAAACUCCACAAAUCUCCAUUCCAGACAUUGACCUAAAUUUGAAAGGCCCCAAAGUCAAAGGAGACAUGGGUGUUUCCAUGCCAAGAGUGGAAGGAGAACUGAAGGGCCCAGCUGUGGACAUCAAGGCUCCUAAAGUAGACCUUGUAGCACCAGAUGUUGACCUUCAUGGGCCUGAACUCAAAAUGCCCAAAUUGAAAAUGCCUAAAUUUGGCAUGCCCAGCUUGAAACCUGACAUUCCUGAUGUCGACAUCAGUCUUCCCCAGGGCAGCCUUGACAUCUCAGGUCCUAAUGUAGAUAUAAAAGCUCCUGGAUUGGACAUUGAGGCACCAAAGGUUUCAAUUCCAGAUUUUGACCUGAACCUGAAAGGGCCAUCAUUAAAGGGUGAUGUGGAUGCUUCUGUGCCCAAACUAGGAGGUGACCUGAAGGGGCCACAGAUAGACCUCAAAGGCCCCAAAGUGGACAUUGCUGCUCCUGACAUUGGCCUCAGAGGUCCUUCAGGUCAACUGAAAGGGCCUCAUAUCAAAGCCCCACAAAUCUCCAUUCCAGAUAUUGACCUAAAUUUGAAAGGCCCAAAAGUCAAGGGGGACAUGGGUGUUUCCAUGCCAAGAGUGGAAGGAGAACUGAAGGGCCCAGCUGUGGACAUCAAGGCUCCUAAAGUAGACCUUGUAGCACCAGAUGUUGACCUUCAUGGGCCUGAACUCAAAAUGCCCAAAUUGAAAAUGCCUAAAUUUGGUGUGCCCAGCUUGAAACCUGACGUUCCUGAUGUCGACAUCAAUCUUCCCCAGGGCAGCCUUGACUUCUCUGCUCCUAAAGUAGAUUUUGCAGCCCCAAGAUUGGACAUUGAAGCACCAGAAGGCAAAAUUAAAGGUCCCAAAGUCAAGAUGCCAGGACUACAUGUGGAGGCACCAAAGUUUUCAGUUCCAGAUGUUGACCUGAGCCUGAAAGGACCAUCAUUAAAAGGUGACAUGGAUGUUUCUGUGCCCAAACUAGAAGGAGAACUGAAGGGCCCAGCUGUGGACAUCAAGGCUCCUAAAGUGGACAUUGUAGCACCAGAUGUUGACCUUCAUGGACCUGAACUCAAAAUGCCCAAAUUGAAAAUGCCUAAAUUUGGUGUGCCCAGCUUGAAACCUGAUAUUCCUGAUGUCGACAUCAAUCUUCCCCAGGGCAGCCUUGACUUCUCUGCUCAUAAAGUAGACAUUGCAGCCCCAAGAUUGGACAUUGAAGCACCAGAAGGCAAAAUUAAGGACCCUAAAGUCAAGAUGCCAGGAUUACAUGUGGAGGCACCAAAGAUUCCAGAUGUUGACCUGAGCCUGAAAGGGCCAUCAUUAAAAGGUGACAUGGAUGUUUCUGUGCCCAAACUAGAAGGCAGCCUGAAGGGCCCACAGAUAGACCUCAAAGGCCCCAAAGUAGACAUUGUUGCUCCUGACAUUGGCGUCAAAGGUCCUUCAGGUCAACUGAAAGGGCCUCAUAUCAAAACUCCACAAAUCUCCAUUCCAGACAUUGACCUAAAUUUGAAAGGCCCCAAAGUCAAAGGAGACAUGGGUGUUUCCAUGCCAAGAGUGGAAGGAGAACUGAAGGGCCCAGCUGUGGACAUCAAGGCUCCUAAAGUAGACCUUGUAGCACCAGAUGUUGACCUUCAUGGGCCUGAACUCAAAAUGCCCAAAUUGAAAAUGCCUAAAUUUGGCAUGCCCAGCUUGAAACCUGACAUUCCUGAUGUCGACAUCAGUCUUCCCCAGGGCAGCCUUGACAUCUCAGGUCCUAAUGUAGAUAUAAAAGCUCCUGGAUUGGACAUUGAGGCACCAAAGGUUUCAAUUCCAGAUUUUGACCUGAACCUGAAAGGGCCAUCAUUAAAGGGUGAUGUGGAUGCUUCUGUGCCCAAACUAGGAGGUGACCUGAAGGGGCCACAGAUAGACCUCAAAGGCCCCAAAGUGGACAUUGCUGCUCCUGACAUUGGCCUCAGAGGUCCUUCAGGUCAACUGAAAGGGCCUCAUAUCAAAGCCCCACAAAUCUCCAUUCCAGAUAUUGACCUAAAUUUGAAAGGCCCAAAAGUCAAGGGGGACAUGGGUGUUUCCAUGCCAAGAGUGGAAGGAGAACUGAAGGGCCCAGCUGUGGACAUCAAGGCUCCUAAAGUAGACCUUGUAGCACCAGAUGUUGACCUUCAUGGGCCUGAACUCAAAAUGCCCAAAUUGAAAAUGCCUAAAUUUGGUGUGCCCAGCUUGAAACCUGACGUUCCUGAUGUCGACAUCAAUCUUCCCCAGGGCAGCCUUGACUUCUCUGCUCCUAAAGUAGAUUUUGCAGCCCCAAGAUUGGACAUUGAAGCACCAGAAGGCAAAAUUAAAGGUCCCAAAGUCAAGAUGCCAGGACUACAUGUGGAGGCACCAAAGUUUUCAGUUCCAGAUGUUGACCUGAGCCUGAAAGGACCAUCAUUAAAAGGUGACAUGGAUGUUUCUGUGCCCAAACUAGAAGGCAGCCUGAAGGGCCCACAGAUAGACCUCAAAGGCCCCAAAGUAGACAUUGCUGCUCCUGACAUUGGUGUCAAAGGUCCUUCAGGUCAACUGAAAGGGCCUCAUAUCAAAACUCCACAAAUCUCCAUUCCAGACAUUGACCUAAAUUUGAAAGGCCCCAAAGUCAAGGGGGACAUGGGUGUUUCCAUACCAAGAAUGGAAGGAGAACUGAAGGGAGUGGACAUCAAGGCUCCUAAAGUAGACCUUGUAGCACCAGAUGUUGACCUUCAUGGGCCUGAACUCAAAAUGCCCAAAUUGAAAAUGCCUAAAUUUGGCAUGCCCAGCUUGAAAUCUGACAUUCCUGAUGUCGACAUCAGUCUUCCCCAGGGCAGCCUUGACAUCUCAGGUCCUAAAGCAGAUAUUGGAGCUCCUGGAUUGGACAUUGAGGCACCAAAGGUUUCAAUUCCAGAUUUUGACUUGAGCCUAAAAGGGCCAUCAUUAAAGGGUGAUAUGGAUGUUUCCGCGCCAAAAGUAGGUGACCUGAAAGGCCCACAAAUAGACAUCAAGGGCCCCAAAGUGGACAUUGCUGCUCCUGACAUUGGCCUCAGAGGUCCUUCAGGUCAACUGAAAGGGCCUCAUAUCAGAACUCCACAAAUCUCCAUUCCAGACAUUGACCUAAAUUUGAAAGGCCCCAAAAUCAAGGGGGACAUGGGUGUUUCCAUGCCAAGAGUGGAAGGAGAACUGAAGGGCCCAGCUGUGGACAUCAAGGCUCCUAAAGUGGACAUUGUAGCACCAGAUGUUGACCUUCAUGGACCUGAACUCAAAAUGCCCAAAUUGAAAAUGCCUAAAUUUGGCGUGCCCAGUUUGAAAGGUGAAGUUCCUGUUGUGGACAUCAAUCUUCCCCAGGGCAGCCUUGACUUCUCUGCUCCUAAAGUCGAUAUUGCAGCCCCAAGAUUGGACAUUGAAGCACCAGAAGGCAAAAUUAAAGGUCCCCAAGUCAAGAUGCCAGAAAUGCAUAUUAAAGGUCCUAAAAUCUCCAUGCCAGACACUGAUUUGAAUCUAAAGGGGCCCAAACUCACAGGAGGUGAUGUUUGUAUUCCAAAAUUAGAAGCUGACAUAAAAGGUCCAGAAAUUGAUAUCAAAAGUCCAAAACUAGAUAUUGAAGCUCCAGAUGUUGACCUGCAUGGACCAGAAGGGAAACUGAAGAUGCCAAAAUUCAAAAUGCCUAAGUUUGGAAUACCCAGCUUCAAAGGAGAAGGUCCUGAUAUGGAUUUAAAUCUGCCCAAAGCAGAGCUUGAUGUUGCCGUUCCAACAGUUGAUGUAGAAGUACCAAGUUUGGACAUUGAAGGCCCAGAAGGAAAACUAAAAGGACCCAAAUUUAAGAUGCCAAAACUGAAUAUUAAAGCUCCCAAAAUCUCCAUGCCAGAUGUAGAUCUCAAAGUCCCCAAAAUGAAGGGUGAAAUGGAUGUAACUGUUCCAAAACUCGAAGGAGAUUUGAAAGGACCGAAUCUUGGUACACCAAAAUUGGAUGUCGAUCUUCCAGAUAUUGAACUUGAAGGCCCAGAAGCCAAGUUGAAGAUGCCCAAAAUGAAGCUACCAAAAUUUGGAACACCUGGGUUGAAAGGAGAGGCUACUGAUUUUAAUGUGAGCCUUCCCAAGGCAGAUUUGGAUGUUCCGGGGUCGAAAGUAGAGAUGGAUAUGCCAAGUAUGGAUCUUGAAGGGUUUAAAAUGCCUGAAAUGCAUUUCAAAACACCCAAAAUCUCCAUGCCAGAUAUUGACUUGAAUUUGAAAGGUCCAAAAGUGAAAAGUGAUUUAGAUCUUUCUGCUCCAACAUUAGAAGGAGAAUUGAAGGGACCCAGCGUUGAUAUCAAGAGGCCAACAGUACAGCUAAGUGGUCCAGACGCUGAUCUCCAGAGUGAGGGAAAACUAAAAAUGCCAAAACUGAAGAUGCCAGUUUUUACGGUUCAAAGCCCCAAACUAGAAAGUCCUGAUGCAGAACUAAACUUGCCAAAGGGAGAAAUUGACAUCUCAGGUCCAAAGAUAGAUGUGGAAGUUCCAGAUUUACAUGUUGAAGGUCCUGAAGGAAAGCUGAAAGGUUCAAAAUUUAAGAUGCCAAAACUGAAUAUCAGAGCACCAAAGAUCACCAUGCCUGAUGUAGACUUGAACAUCAAAGGACCUGGAGCAAGAGGACAAAUGGACGUAACUGUACCAAAUAUUGGAGGCAAUCUUGAAGGACCUCAGAUAGAUAUCAAGUCUCCUAAACUGGAUGUGGAAUCGCCAGACGUUAGCUUGGAAUAUCCAGAAGGAAAAUUAAAAGGGACGAAGUUCAAGAUGCCUGAAAUGCAUAUCAGAGCUCCAAAGAUCUCAAUGCCAGAUGUGGAUCUGAACCUCAAAGGUCCAAAACUGAAGGGAGAGGUGGAUGUGUCUGUCCCAAAAUUGGAAGGUGACCUAAAAGGGCCAGAUGUGGACAUCAAAGGUCCGAAAGUGGACAUCGAUGCACCUGAUGUUGAACUUCAUGGACCAGAAGGAAACCUGAAGAUGCCAAAAUUCAAAAUGCCCAAAUUUGGCAUGCCCAGCUUCAAAGGGGAAGGCCCAGAUGUGGAUGUAAGCCUCCCUAAAGGAGAUCUUGAUGUUUCUGGUCCAAAAGUUGAAUUUGAAGGACCAAGUUUAGAUACUGAAGGUCCAGAAGGAAAAGUGAAAGGUCCCAAAUUUAAGAUGCCUGAAAUGCACAUCAAAUCUCCAAAGAUGUCCAUGCCAGAUGUGGAUAUGCCAAAAUUCAAAAUGCCCAAAUUUGGCAUGCCCAGCUUCAAAGGGGAAGGCCCAGAUGUUGACGUAAGCCUCCCCAAAGCAGACCUUGAUGUUUCUCUUCCCAAAGGAGACAUUGAAGCACCAAGCUUGGACAUUGAAGGCCCAGAAGGAAAAGUGAAAGGUCCCAAGUUUAAGAUGCCUGAAAUGCACUUCAAGACACCAAAGAUCUCAAUGCCUGAUAUUGAUCUGAACCUCAAAGGUCCAAAACUGAAGGGAGAUGUGGAUGUGUCUGUUCCAAAGCUGGAAGGUGACCUAAAAGGGCCAGAUGUGGAUAUCAAAGGUCCCAAAAUGGACAUUGAUGCACCUGACAUUGAACUUCAUGGACCAGAAGGAAAGCUGAAGAUGCCAAAAUUCAAGAUGCCAAAAUUUGGCAUGCCAAGCUUCAAAGGGGAAGGUCCAGACAUGGAUGUAAGCCUCCCUAAAGGAGAUCUUGAUGUUUCUGGUCCAAAAAUUGAAAUCGAAGGACCAAAUUUGGACAUUGAUGGCCCAGAAGGAAAGGUGAAAGGUCCCAAAUUUAAGAUGCCUGAAAUGCACAUCAAAGCUCCAAAGAUCUCCAUGCCAAAUGUUGAUCUGAACCUCAAAGGUCCAAAACUGAAAGGAGAUGUGGAUGUGUCUGUUCCAAAGCUGGAAGGCCCAGAUAUGGAUAUCAAAGGUCCCAAAAUGGACAUUGAUGCACCUGACGUUGAACUUCAUGGACCAGAAGGAAAGCUGAAGAUGCCAAAAUUCAAGAUGCCCAAAUUUGGCAUGCCCAGCUUCAAAGGGGAAGGUCCAGAUGUGGAUGUAAGCCUCCCCAAAGCAGACCUUGAUGUUUCUGUCCCAAAAGUAGAUAUUGAAGCACCAUGUAUGGAAAUUGAAGGCCCAGAAGGAAAAGUGAAAGGUCCCAAGUUUAAGAUGCCUGAAAUGCACAUCAAGACACCAAAGAUCUCAAUGCCUGAUAUUGAUCUGAACCUCAAAGGUCCAAAACUGGAGGGAGAUGUGGAUGUGUCUGUCCCAAAGCUGGAAGGUGACCUAAAAGGGCCAGAUGUGGAUAUCAAAGGUCCCAAGCUGGACAUUGAUGCACCUGAUGUUGAACUUCAUGGACCAGAAGGAAAACUGAAGAUGCCAAAAUUCAAAAUGCCCAAAUUUGGCAUGCCCAGCUUCAAAGGGGAAGGUCCAGAUGUGGAUGUAAGCCUCCCUAAAGGAGAUCUUGAUGUUUCUGGUCCAAAAAUUGAACUUGAAGGGCCAGGUUUGGACAUUGAAGGCCCAGAAGGAAAAAUGAAAGGUCCCAAAUUUAAGAUGCCUGAAAUGCACAUUAAAGCUCCAAAGAUCUCAAUGCCAGAUGUUGAUUUGAAUCUCAAAGGUCCAAAGCUGAAGGGAGAUGUUGAUGUUUCUGUUCCAAAGUUGGAAGGUGACCUGAAAGGUCCAGAUGUCGAUAUCAAAGGUCCCAAAUUGGAUAUUGAUGCACCAGAUAUAGAAAUUCAAGGUCCUGAAGGAAAGUGGAAAUCUCCAAGGUUUAAGAUGCCUGAAAUGCACAUCAAAGCUCCAAAGUUCUCCAUGCCAGAUGUAGACCUAAACGUCAAAGGUCCAAAACUGAAGGGAGAUGUUGAUAUGUCUAUCCCAAAGCUGCAAGGUGACCUAAAAGGUCCAGAUAUGGAUAUCAAAGGUCCCAAACUAGAUGUUGAUGCACCUGAUGUUGACCUUCAUGGACUAGAAGGAAAAUUGAAGAUGCCAAAAUUCAGAAUGCCCAAAUUUGGCAUGCCCAGCUUCAAAGGGGAAGGCCCAGAUGUGGAUGUAAACCUUCCCAAAGCAGACCUUGAUGUUUCUCUUCCCAAAGGAGACAUUGAUGCACCAAGCUUGGACAUUGAAGGCCCAGAAGGAAAAGUGAAAGGUCCCAAGUUUAAGAUGCCUGAAAUGCACAUCAAGACACCAAAGAUCUCAAUGCCUGAUAUUGAUCUGAACCUCAAAGGUCCAAAACUGAAGGGAGAUGUGGAUGUGUCUGUCCCAAAGCUGGAAGGUGACCUAAAAGGGCCAGAUGUGGAUAUCAAAGGUCCCAAACUAGACGUUGAUGCACCUGAUGUUGACCUUCAUGGACUAGAAGGAAAAUUGAAGAUGCCAAAAUUCAGAAUGCCCAAAUUUGGCAUGCCCAGCUUCAAAGGGGAAGGCCCAGAUGUGGAUGUAAACCUUCCCAAAGCAGACCUUGAUGUUUCUCUUCCCAAAGGAGACAUUGAAGCACCAAGCUUGGACAUUGAAGGCCCAGAAGGAAAAGUGAAAGGUCCCAAGUUUAAGAUGCCUGAAAUGCACAUCAAGACACCAAAGAUCUCAAUGCCUGAUAUUGAUCUGAACCUCAAAGGUCCAAAACUGAAGGGAGAUGUGGAUGUGUCUGUCCCAAAGCUGGAAGGUCCAGAUGUGGAUAUCAAAGGUCCCAAAUUGGAUAUUGAUGCACCUGAUGUUGACAUUGAAGGUCCCGAAGGAAAGUGGAAAGGUCCGAAAUUUAAGAUGCCUGAAAUGAACAUCAAAGCUCCCAAAAUCUCCAUGCCAGAUUUUGACUUUAAUUUGAAAGGUCCCAAAGUGAAAGGAGAUGUGGAUGUCUCAGUACCGAGCUUGGAGGGUGAUGUGAAGGGCCCUGACCUUGACCUCAAAGAGCCCAAACUAGACGUUGAUGUUCCAGAUGUUGAUCUUGAAGGACCUGAAGGGAAGUUGAAAGCGCCCAGAUUUAAGAUGCCUGAAAUGCAUAUCAAGGCUCCUAAGAUAUCCAUGCCAGACUUUGACCUGGGCUUUAAGGGACCCAAAAUGAAGGGGGACGUGGAUGUUUCUGUCCCAAAGUUGGAAGGUGACCUGAAAGGCCCUGAUGUAGACAUCAAAGGGCCCAAAGUUGGUGUUGAUUUUCCUGAAGUUGACCUUGAAGGGCCUGAAGGAAAGCUUAAAGGUCCUAAGUUUAAGAUGCCUGAAAUGCAUUUUAAUGUUCCUAAAAUCUCUAUGCCUGAUAUAGAUUUGAACUGGAGGAAGCCUAAAGUGGAAGGGGAAGCUGAUGUAUCUAUACCAACAGUGGGAGGGGAUUUGAAAGGCCCAAGUGUGGAUAUCAAAGGUCCCAAAUUAGGUGUUGAUGUCCCUGAGGCUGAAAUGGAAGGACCAGAAGGGAAAUGGAAAGGGCCCAAAUUUAAGAUGCCUGAAAUGCACAUCAAAUCUCCCAAACUUUCCAUGCCAGAAUUUGACCUGAACCUCAAAGGUCCAAAACUGAAGGGAGAUGUGGAUGUUUCUGUUCCCAAACUGGAAGGUGACCUGAAAGGUCCAGAUGUGGAUAUCAAGGGUCCCAAAAUGGACAUCGAUGCACCUGACGUUGAACUUCAUGGACCAGAAGGAAAGCUGAAGAUGCCAAAAUUCAAGAUGCCCAAAUUUGGCAUGCCCAGCUUCAAAGGGGAAGGUCCAGAUGUGGAUGUAAGCCUCCCCAAAGCAGACCUUGAUGUUUCUGUCCCCAAAGUAGACAUUGAAGCACCAAGCUUGGACAUUGAAGGCCCAGAAGGAAAAGUGAAAGGUCCCAAGUUUAAGAUGCCUGAAAUGCACUUCAAGACACCCAAGAUCUCAAUGCCUGAUGUUGAUCUGAACCUCAAAGGUCCAAAACUGAAGGGAGAUAUGGAUGUUUCUGUCCCAAAAUUGGAAGGUGACCUAAAAGGGCCAGAUGUGGAUAUCAAAGGUGGACAUGAUGCACCUGACGUUGAACUUCAUGGACCAGAAGGAAAGCUGAAGAUGCCAAAAUUCAAGAUGCCCAAAUUUGGCAUGCCCAGCUUCAAAGGGGAAGGUCCAGAUGUGGAUGUAAGCCUCCCCAAAGCAGACCUUGAUGUUUCUGUCCCCAAAGUAGACAUUGAAGCACCAAGCUUGGACAUUGAAGGCCCAGAAGGAAAAGUGAAAGGUCCCAAGUUUAAGAUGCCUGAAAUGCACUUCAAGACACCAAAGAUCUCAAUGCCUGAUGUUGAUCUGAACCUCAAAGGUCCAAAACUGAAGGGAGAUAUGGAUGUUUCUGUCCCAAAAUUGGAAGGUGACCUAAAAGGGCCAGAUGUGGAUAUCAAAGGUCCCAAAGUGGACAUCGAUGCACCUGAUGUUGAACUUCAUGGACCAGAAGGAAACCUGAAGAUGCCAAAAUUCAAGAUGCCCAAAUUUGGCAUGCCCAGCUUCAAAGGGGAAGGCCCAGAUGUGGAUGUAAGCCUCCCCAAAGCAGACCUUGAUGUUUCUCUUCCCAAAGGAGACAUUGAUGCACCAAGCUUGGACAUUGAAGGCACAGAAGGAAAAGUGAAAGGUCCCAAGUUUAAGAUGCCUGAAAUGCACUUCAAGACACCAAAGAUCUCAAUGCCUGAUAUUGAUCUGAACCUCAAAGGUCCAAAACUGAAGGGAGAUAUGGAUGUUUCUGUCCCAAAAUUGGAAGGUGACCUAAAAGGGCCAGAUGUGGAUAUCAAAGGUCCCAAACUGGACAUUGAUGCACCUGACGUUGAACUUCAUGGACCAGAAGGAAAGCUGAAGAUGCCAAAAUUCAAGAUGCCCAAAUUUGGCAUGCCCAGCUUCAAAGGGGAAGGUCCAGAUGUGGAUGUAAGCCUCCCCAAAGGAGACCUUGAUGUUUCUGUCCCAAAAGUAGAUAUUGAAGCACCAAAUCUGGACAUUGAAGGCCCAGAAGGAAAAGUGAAAGGUCCCAAGUUUAAGAUGCCUGAAAUGCACUUCAAGACACCCAAGAUCUCAAUGCCUGAUGUUGAUCUGAACCUCAAAGGUCCAAAACUGAAGGGAGAUGUGGAUGUGUCUGUCCCAAAGCUGGAAGGUCCAGAUGUGGAUAUCAAGGGUCCUUCAUUGGAUAUUGAUGCACCUGAUGUUGACAUUGAAGGUCCUGAAGGAAAGUGGAAAGGUCCGAAAUUUAAGAUGCCUGAAAUGAACAUCAAAGCUCCCAAAAUCUCCAUGCCAGAUUUUGACUUUAAUUUGAAAAGUCCCAAAGUGAAAGGAGAUGUGGAUGUCUCAGUACCGAGCUUGGAGGGUGAUCUGAAGGCCCCUGACCUUGACAUCAAAGGGCCCAAACUAGACGUUGACGUUCCAGAUGUUGAUCUUGAAGGACCUGAAGGGAAAUUGAAAGGGCCCAGAUUUAAGAUGCCAGAGAUGAAUGUCAAAGCUCCCAAAAUUUCCAUGCCAGAUUUUGAUUUGAAUGUGCAAGGUCCCAAAGUGAGAGGAGAUGUGGAUGUUGCAUUGCCAAAGGUUGAAGCUCCUGAUGUGGACAUUCAAGGCCCCAAAGUGGACAUCGACAUCCCUGAUGUUGACUUGCACGGUCCAGAAGGUAAAAUCAAGCUGCCCAAAUUUAAAAUGCCCAAGUUUGGAAUGCCUGGAUUUAAAGGAGAAGGUCCUUCGGUGGAUGUGACCGUACCCAAGGCAGAAGUGGACAUAUCUGGUCCCAAACUAGAUAUUGAAACACCUGAUCUGCAAAUCGAACACCCAGAAGGAAAAUUGAAAGGUCCCAAAGUGAAGAUGCCAGAAAUGCAUUUUAACGUCCCCAAAAUUUCAAUGCCAGAUAUUGAUUUGAAUUUGAAAGGUCCCAAACUUAAAGGAGAUGUAGGAGGUGACAUUAAAGGACCUGACCUUGCAUUGAAAGGACCUGAUGUUGACCUGGAGGCACCAAAAGUAGACAUGGAAGCCAAACCAAAGAAAUCAAGAUUUAAACUUCCCAAGUUCAAUUUUUCUGGCCCCAAACUUCACACGCCGGAAGUGGACGUGAAGGUUAAGAAACCAGAGGUCGAUAUCUCAAGACCAAAAGGGGGUGUUCAGAGUCCAGAUGUGGAUAUCCAAGGAAAAGCAAAAGGUGCCAAAUUUAAAAUGCCGUCGUUGAAUAUUUCCUCCCCUAAGGUCUCUAUGCCUGACGUGGAAUUAAAUUUGAAAGGACCUAAAUUAAAAGGAGACCUGAAUGUUCCUGUACCGAGUCUGGAAGGAGAUUUGAAAGGCCCCAAGAUGGAUGUGGGUGCACCAGAGGUUGAUCUUCACGGCCCGGAAGGCAAACUCAAAAUGCCUAAGUUUAAGAUGCCCAAGUUUGGGAUAUCAGGCAUCAAAGCAGAAGCUCCUGAGGUGGAUGUAACCCUACCCAGAGCUGAUCUUGACUUGUCAGGCCCCAAAGUGGACAUUGAAACUCCUGACCUUGAAGGGCCAGAGGGGAACCUAAAAGGUCCCAGGAUGAAGAUGCCAGAAAUGCAAAUCAAAACGCCUAACAUCUCAACGCCAGACGUAGACCUGAAUCUGACAGGCCCCAAACUGAAGGGAGACAUCGAUGUCUCUGUGCCGAAGUUGGAGGCUGGCUUGAAGGGCCCCGAUGUGGACAUCAAAAGUCCAAAAGUGGACGUUGAUCUUCCAGACGUUGACCUUGACGUCCCUGAAGGAAAACUGAAAGGGCCCAGGUUUAAGAUGCCUGACAUACAUUUUAAAACCCCGAAAAUCUCUGUACCAGAUUUUGACUUGAAUUUGAAAGGCUCUAAAGUCAAAGGAGAUAUUGAUAUCAAAGCUCCCACGCUAGAAGGUGACUUGAAGGGUCCAGAAGUAGACCUCAAAGGCCCCAAAGUGGAUGUUGAUCUCCCAGAUGUUGACCUUGAAGGCCCAGAAGGAAAAGUGACGGGGCACAAAUUUAAGAUGCCUGACAUGCACUUUAAAGCUCCCAAAAUUUCCAUGCCAGAUUUUGACUUAAAUCUGAAAGGGCACAAAUUAAAAGGGGAUGCAGAUGUGUCCUUACCAACAUUGGAAGGUGAUCUGAAGGGCCCAGAGGUUGAUAUCAAAGCACCUAAACUUGAUGUAGAUGUUCCCAAUAUUGAACUGGAGGCUCCAGAAGGAAAGUGGAAAGGACCCAAAUUUAAGAUGCCUGACAUGAACAUCAAGGCACCUAAAAUCUCAAUGCCAGAUGUGGACUUAAACCUGAAAGGACCUAAACUCAAAGGAGAUUUGGAUGUCUCAGCCCCAGGAUUGCAAGGAGAACUUAGAGGCCCAGAAAUUGACAUCAAAGGUCCCAAACUAGACGUUGAUGCACCUGACAUUGAACUUCAUGGACCAGAAGGAAAGCUGAAGAUGCCAAAAUUCAAGAUGCCCAAAUUUGGCAUGCCCAGCUUCAAAGGGGAAGGCCCAGAUGUUGACGUAAGCCUCCCCAAAGCAGACCUUGAUGUUUCUCUUCCCAAAGGAGACAUUGAAGCACCAAGCUUGGACAUUGAAGGCCCAGAAGGAAAAGUGAAAGGUCCCAAGUUUAAGAUGCCUGAAAUGCACAUCAAGACACCCAAGAUCUCAAUGCCUGAUGUUGAUCUGAACCUCAAAGGUCCAAAACUGAAGGGAGAUGUGGAUGUGUCUGUCCCAAAGCUGGAAGGGCCAGAUGUGGAUAUCAAGGGUCCUUCAUUGGAUAUUGAUGCACCUGAUGUUGACAUUGAAGGUCCCGAAGGAAAGUGGAAAGGUCCGAAAUUUAAGAUGCCUGAAAUGAACAUCAAAGCUCCCAAAAUCUCCAUGCCAGAUUUUGACUUUAAUUUGAAAGGUCCCAAAGUGAAAGGAGAUGUGGAUGUCUCAGUACCGAGCUUGGAGGGUGAUCUGAAGGGCCCUGACCUUGACCUCAAAGGGCCCAAACUAGACCUUGACGUUCCAGAUGUUGAUCUUGAAGGACCUGAAGGGAAGUUGAAAGGGCCCAGAUUUAAGAUGCCAGAGAUGCAUUUUAAGACUCCUAAAAUCUCAAUGCCAGAUGUGGACUUAAACCUGAAAACUCCCAAACUGAAAGGCGACCUGAAUGUCUCAGUUCCAGAGGGUGAUUUGAAAGGCCCAGAAAUUGACGUGAAAGGUCCAAAGCUGGAUAUUGAUGCACCUGAUGUUGAACUUCAUGGACCAGAAGGAAAGCUGAAGAUGCCAAAAUUCAAGAUGCCCAAAUUUGGCAUGCCCAGCUUCAAAGGGGAAGGUCCAGAUGUGAAUGUAAGCCUCCCCAAAGCAGACCUUGAUGUUUCUGUCCCCAAAGUUGAACUUGAAGCACCAUGUAUGGAGAUUGAAGGCCCAGAAGGAAAAGUGAAAGGUCCCAAGUUUAAGAUGCCUGAAAUGCACAUUAAGACACCCAAGAUCUCAAUGCCUGAUAUUGAUCUGAACCUCAAAGGUCCAAAACUGAAGGGAGAUGUGGAUGUUUCUGUCCCACAGCUGGAAGGAGACCUAAAAGGGCCAGAUGUAGAUCUCAAAGGUCCCAAACUGGACAUUGAUGCACCUGAUGUUGAACUUCAUGGACCAGAAGGAAAGCUGAAGAUGCCAAAAUUCAAGAUGCCCAAAUUUGGCAUGCCCAGCUUCAAAGGGGAAGGUCCAGAUGUGGAUGUAAGCCUCCCCAAAGCAGACCUUGAUGUUUCUGUCCCAAAAGUAGAUAUUGAAGCACCAUGUAUGGACAUUGAAGGCCCAGAAGGAAAAGUGAAAGGUCCCAAGUUUAAGAUGCCUGAAAUGCACUUCAAGACACCCAAGAUCUCAAUGCCUGAUGUUGAUCUGAACCUCAAAGGUCCAAAACUGAAGGGAGAUGUGGAUGUGUCUGUCCCAAAGCUGGAAGGAGACCUAAAAGGGCCAGAUGUGGAUAUCAAAGGUCCCAAAUUGGAUAUUGAUGCACCUGAUGUUGACAUUGAAGGUCCUGAAGGAAAGUGGAAAGGUCCGAAAUUUAAGAUGCCUGAAAUGAACAUCAAAGCUCCCAAAAUCUCCAUGCCAGAUUUUGACUUUAACCUGAAAGGUCCCAAAGUGAAAGGAGAUGUGGAUGUCUCAGUACCGAGCUUGGAGGGUGAUCUGAAGGCCCCUGACCUUGACCUCAAAGGGCCCAAAGUAGACGUUGAUGUUCCAGAUGUUGAUCUUGAAGGACCUGAAGGGAAGUUGAAAGGGCCCAGAUUUAAGAUGCCAGAGAUGCAUUUUAAGGCCCCUAAAUUCUCUCUGCCUGAUAUGAACUUGAAAGGCCCAAAGGUGAAAGGAGAUGUGGAUAUAUCUGUGCCAAAGAUUGAAGGUGAUUUGAAAGGUCCAGAAAUAGACGUUAAUGUUCCUCAGAUACAUCCUCCUGACCUUGAUAUCAAAGGACCCGGAGGCAAAAUGAAAGGCCCUAAAUUUCAAAUGCCUGAUUUUAACAUCAAGGCCCCCAAAAUCACCAUGCCAGAUGUAGACUUCAACCUCAGAGGCCCUAAGCUGAAAGGAGACGUUGAUCUAGACGUAUCUGCUCCCAAAGUAGAUACUGAUUUGAGGGGACCAGAUUUUGCUAUCAAGGGCCCUAAACUAGACGUCUCGGUGGCUGAUGUGGAACUGGAAUGUCCUGAGGGACAACUUAAAGGUCCUAAGAUCAAGAUGCCUGAAAUGCAUUUUAAAACGCCCCAAAUCUCCAUGCCAGAUUUUGACUUGAACGUGAAAAGUCCCAAAAUGAAAGGAGAGGUGGAUGUUUCUGGGCCUAAGUUGGAGGCUGACCUGAAGGCUCCCGACGUUGACAUCCGAGGUCCCAGACUAGACAUCAAUGUUGAAGGUCCUGAAGGAAGUUGGAAAGGUCCCAAAAUGAAGAUGCCUGAAAUGCAGAUUAAACCCCCCCAAAUCUCCAUGCCUGAUGUGCAGCUCGGUCUGAAAGGUGAUGUCUCUGGACCAAAAUUUGGAGGAGAUUUCAAAGGUCCUGAAAUUGACAUUGCAGCGCCCACUGUUGAUAUCCAAGGUCCAGAUGGAAAAGUCAAACUACCCAAGAUGAAGCUUCCUAAAUUUGGUGUCCCUGAAUUCACGGGAGAAGGACCUCAGUUGGAUGUCAAUCUGCCUGAAGGUGCGUUGAAAGUAUCCGGGUCUGAUGUGAAAAUUGAAGCUCCACGUUUGGACCUCAAAGGACCAGAAGGAGAAUGGAAGGGCCCUAAAAUGCCUGAAAUGCAUUUCAAAACACCUCAGAUCUCCAUGCCAGAAAUUGAUUUAAAUCUGAAAGGUCACAAGGUGAAAGGCGAUGCAGAUCUCUCCAUUCCAGGAUUUGAAGGACCAGGACUUGAAGUUAAAGGGCCAGAGAUUGACUUGGAAUGUCCUGAUGUGAAUAUUGAAGGGCCAGAGGGCAACGUUAAGCUCCCCAAGUUUAAGAUGCCGAAGUUUGGAUUUGGAGCAAAGAGCCCCAAGGCUGAUGUGAAAUCUCCCACUUUGGACGUGUCUCUUCCGGAAGCCGAGCUGAACGCUGAGUCACCCGACAUUGCUCUUUCUGCCAAAGGGAAGAAAAGCAAAUUCAAAAUGCCCAAAAUCCACAUGAGCGGACCUAAAGUCAAAGGCAAGAAGGCUGGUUUUGAUGUGAGCGGAGAAAUGGACGCCAGUGUGAAAUCACCAGAUUUGGAAGGAAGCCUCACUGUCCCAGAAGCAUCCCUGAAAGCAGAUGCCAACAUCAAAUCCCCCAAGGGGAAGAAACCGGUCUUUGGAAAACUCUCAUUUCCUGAUGUUGAGUUUGAUAUAAAAUCACCCAUGUUCAAGGCUGAUGCUUCUUUGCCCAAGGCGGAAGCAGAGGUCAAGAUGCCAGGACUAGAUGUCACUUCACCCAGUCUGAAAACACCAAGUCUGGAAGCUUCCAUCCCCAGUGGAAGCACCAGCCUCAACAUUGGAGGUCCGGAUAUUGGCCUUAAGGACCCCGAGUUCAAGCUCUCUGGUCAAAGCAUUGGCCUGACUGGUCCCAAAUUGGAAGGAGAUCUGAGAAUCCCCAGCGCCGACGCCAGUCUUGCCAUUCCUGACAUCAACCUGAAAGGUCCAUCAAUCAGCUUACCCUCUGUGGAUGUUUCUGCACCUUCAAUCUCUGCCCCUGGCGUCGAUGUUCACUUGAAAGGACCAAAGCUGAAAGGUGAUGUUGAUCUCCCAAGUGCUGAAGUCCAAGGCUCAGGAGGGAAGUUAAAAUUCCCCAAGUUCAGCAUGCCCAAAUUUGGGAAGCCGGGGGUGAACCUGGAGGGGCCCGAUGUAGACAUCCAAGGACAGAUGCCCUCUGCACACCUGGACGUCUCUUCCCCACGAAUUGGAGGGGAGGCAAGCAUUCCUGAAAUUGACGUGAACCUGAGAGGACCAAAGCUAGGGAAAGACCUGGGUCUUUCUGGUGAGAUGAAAGCUCCAAAGAUAGACGUCGGCGCGCCAGAUGUUGGCGUCAGUGGAUUUGAAGGGAGGUUUCAGAUGCAAAAGCCUUCGGGUCUAGAUGUCAGUGUCACAGCUCCAGAGGUUGACGUGAAGGGGCCGGCAGUUAAGAUGACUCCGGAAGGAGGCAUUUGUGGACCUGAGGUGGACCUCAAUCUGAAAGGACCAAAGACCAAAGAUCUUGGCAUUUCUGGUAGCGUGACAUCCCACAAGGUGGAAGGCUUUGGAGGGGGAGUUAAACUUCCCUGCAUGAAACUUCCACAGUUUACCAUCGCUGGUGAAGGAGGGAGCAUUGCAGGACCACAGAUCAAAGGACCUGAAGUUGACUUUGAUUUGAACAUGAAAGGACCAAGUUUGCAAGGAGAUGCCCAGAUUGCGACUGACUUGAAAGGUCAACAUGUUGGACUGGAAAUGCCUGGUACGAAGAUCUCUGGCCUGGACCUGGACACUGGGAUCCCUGAUAUCUGUCUGAGAGGACCUUCCUUCAAUGUCUCAGGUCCAAAGCUUUCUGGGUCAGACUUUGAGGUCAAUCUGAAAGGGCCCAAGGCCAAAACACCAGAGCUACACGCGAGUGCCAAAGGGACAGGGGAACUUCACUUUCCUGGACCAAAGAUAGGAGGUGAUCUCAGUGGUCCCAAAUUAAAUAUCAAAGGUCCUUCUGUUGGGAUGGAUGCUCCCCAUGCCCAUUUAGAAAGCUCAGCUGGGAAGGUGUCCUUCCCUAAAAUGAAAAUACCCAAAUUUGUGGUGGCAGGGCAGGAACCGGUGGGAAGGGAAGUUGGGGUCGACGUUGAGUUUCCCCAACCGCCCCAAGCAAGUCUCCACGUUGAGGCUGGGACGCUGGAACUGGAAGAACCCGAGCUGAAAUUGAAAAAAUCUAAAAUCAAAAUGCCCAAGUUUGCGUUCUCCAGACCCAAAGCCAAGGGAAGUGUGGGCUCCCCAGAGGCCUCGGUGUCUGUGGCCGGAGGCGAAGGAGAGCUCAAAGCAAGUUUAGGGUCCUUAGAAGCUGAGGGGGAAGUAGGGGAAGCAGCCAGCUCACCCAAAGGAAAGUUCUCCUUCUUUAAGACCAAAAAAUCUCGGCACCGGUCGUCCUCGUUUAGUGACGAGCACUCCUCGCACUCCACCCCGACCGGUACACUGGAGCACGAAGGAGACAAAGGCAAGCAUGCCAAGCUCAAAUUUGGCACUUUUGGGGGGAUAGGGUCAAAAAGCAAAGGGUCUUACGAGGUCACGGGAAGCGACGAAGAGGCAGGGAGAAUACAAGGAAGCGGAAUACAAUCUCGACUCUCCUCAUCCUCAAGUAAUGAAAGCGGGACGAAAGCGGGCUUCCGAGUGCCAGCAGUUGAGUUGACAGUGGCAAAAAAGAAAGAAUAGUUCAGGAAACGGCUCGUGUACAUAACGCCCCUGUAUAUAAUGUCCCUCCCGCCCAACUGCCCUCUCCUUCUCCCUCUGUAUAUUUAUAUUUUCCCCCGGCUUCAAAUAUUUUGCAAUGAAACAGGUAAUCUACAGUGAAAUAGUAGGGUUUUCAAGCAAAGUGAUUACUGUUUUACUGUGAAUAGGGCAGGUUCCACUGAAAGACUGCUAUCUUCCAGAGAUCUAAACCCACUAAAACUGAUACAGCAACGUCUGUGGUCAUCUACCCAUAGGGCUGAUGGCAAGCAGAUUAUAUAUCAUUGGCACAAUUUUCAUGGUGAGUUCACGAUGGAUCCUACUCGAAAUUUCCAACCCUUUGCUGGGGUUGUGAAAAUCCCCAAAUUCUUCCUAAGGUGCACAAUGGUGGUCUUGGCUGAAUUGCACCAAGAACACGCGUAUUUUUUUAAAAAAAAAACUUUAAAAAGCAGCCUUGAAAUAAACUGUGGUGGCAUCAGUCAGCUGUAUCAGUUUGAGUUCAGUCAAUAUAAAAUCCUUCCAGAUAUACAGAUGAGCAACAGGCAAUAUUUUGCAGACGGAGAAGUGAUCCAUUUUGAAAAGCCUGAAUUAUGUGAUAUUUAAAGCUGUGCCAUAAGGAAGAUAGAUGUACAGUUUUUUGGGAGUAUUUUGGAUGAUUUUAUUUUUAUGUUCAGGCAUAGGAUUGUGCUUUGUAUGCUAUAAGAGCUUUAUGUUUACCUAAGCAAGCUUUGAUUGAGAUAUAUUAUAUAUAUAUUUCAAUUCACUGAAUAUCUUCAGUGUUGAUCCAUGAAAAUGUGUUAAUUUUAACUAUUAGGGGUUUAUUUUAUUUUUUUGCUUUUACCUGCAGGGGGCUAAAAUGUUUUAUCAUUUAAAAUUAUGGAUAUAUGAAAAAGAAACACUGCACAUAUACAGAGGCAAGUGAGAUGUGUCACAUUUGGGCCUUGGUUGCAACAAAAAUGACUUUUUAUUUGUUCGAUAAAACAACUAAACUGACUCCAAUCCACAUGUAAUUUAUUUGUUGUUCAAAAGAUGCAUUACUGUUGCAAAAUAAUUCAAGCCACAAUCCUUAUGACAGCAUCUUAGUUGCUUCUGUAUAUUUCUUAUUUUUGUAAAAGAAAGAAGUUUCCUUCUUUGAGGAACAUGUAUUUUUGUCAUUAAUUCCUCCCAACAGAUACAAAUUGUUAUCUUUUGUCAUUAACUGUACCUUGAUUAUAAAACCAAACAAUACAAAGAAAACUAUUUUUCAGCACUUUAAUGGCAAAUUAAUUGAGAAUGUAUGGAAACUGAUCUUGUAAAAUGCAAAUAAACUGUUUAUUAACCUUUUAAUUAA